GUCUCGUACUUUCUUCGUCGGUGGUAACUUCAAGAUGAAUGGCUCUAAGGCCUCCAUCGCCGCUAUCAAUACCUCCCUCAACGCGGCUGAACUCCCAAACAACGUGGAAGUUGUCAUUUCCCCGCCAGCCCCAUACCUUGCCGCUACCGUCGAGGCCAACAAGCAGAAGACUGUCUCUGUGGCUGCCCAGAACGUCUUCGACAAGGCUUCCGGUGCCUACACCGGUGAGAUUUCUGUUGAAGCCUUGAAGGACCUCGGAGUCAACUGGGCUAUCUUGGGCCACUCUGAGAGACGUACCAUCAUCAAGGAGUCCGACGAGUUUAUCGCUUCCAAGACCAAGUUCGCCUUAGACAACGGUAUCAAGGUCAUCUUGUGUAUCGGUGAAACCCUUGAGGAGAAGAACGCUGGUGUCACCUUGGACGUCUGUGCCAGACAGUUGGACGCUGUUGCUGCCGUCGUCAAGGACUGGACCAACGUCGUGGUUGCCUACGAGCCAGUCUGGGCUAUCGGUACUGGUUUGGCUGCUACCCCACAGGAUGCCCAGGAUACCCACAAGGCCAUCAGAGCCCACUUGGCUGCCACCGUCGGCGCCCAGGCCGAAGGUGUUAGAAUCUUGUACGGUGGCUCCGUCAACGGUGCCAACGCUAACCAGUUCAAGGACAAGGUUGAUGUUGACGGGUUCUUGGUCGGUGGUGCCUCUCUCAAGCCAGAGUUUAUUGACAUCAUCAAGUCCAGAUUGUAAGGAGUAUUGACUGCACCUUAACAUAGGAAUAAACGAUAAAUAUAUUAGGUGUGACUUAGAAUGUGACUUGUAUGUAACUGUCAAAAUAUUAAAGGCGGAGAAGAGAUCAUUGUUUGUGAUAAGAGUCGAUAGAAGAAGCUGAUGAUUCAAGCAAGAGCUUCAACUCUUAUUGGUUUUAUCUUUUAAAGGGCAUAAACAACCAAACGCAACGAACGAGUCUAAGUAGGGGGUCGUAGUGAUGGACUAGGGGUUAGCUACAUUUUUAUAUUUCGAGCACGCUCAACCCGUAAGGCUUCAGCUUAAAGGUACCAAAGGGUGGGAUUGAUCGAACUCUUACCUUUAGAAGAAGCGUAUAAAUUCGCGUAAUCUGGACCCUUCAGAAAUCUCUAUGGGCGCGCCAGUGUACCAUAGCCAACCAGGAUCCAAACAAAUGGGAUGCCCAAAUAUGCGUCAUUGGAUCGCUUAGAAGACAUGAGCAGAGUAUAGCCGAGUCAGUGG